CCACGUCCCAGCCUCGCAGCACCCAAAAAAAUAAUCUUUUUUUUAGAAAAAUAUACUCCAUUGAGAACUGCAAAGCCACGCAACAACGAGCAGACCAGACCUGACCACCACUCUCUUCCACCACAUUGGACGAGUGAAGGAAGGUGUGGUUGGAGUUGGCAGGUCCACUCCUCCCUCUCCGUCCGCCGCUGUGACCACCAACCAUACCCAAUUUCUGCACGUGUCAAAAUUCCAUAUCAUAACCAACCCUCAAAAAAGAAAAAAAAACCUUCGGAGCCUUCAUUCCACCACCCACAAUUAAAGCCCAGCAAUAAGCCAUUGAUUCCCGCAAUUACAAACUUACAACCCACAAGGAGAAGGUAGGUACUCUUAUCUUUUUUUCUUUCCCUUUUUCGAUUCUCAGUAGCCAAACAUUGUUUCCAUCAAAUCAAUCCUUUGAAUUUUGACUCUGGGUUUCUCCUAUUUUGACCCCAUCAAAAACGAAGUCAGUCCUUCCUCCUCUCUCACUAGUUCCAGUCAAAUUUGGAAUUUUCUUCUGCUUCGGUUGUUGAAUUUAAUUGGGCAGGCGAUUCUGAAUCGAUUGACAAUGCACUAUAAAUAAAGCUGACGCCUUUUUCAUGCUUACUAAGAUCUAGUCAAGGGGAAACGAUGUCGUAUUCUGUAUUCGGAGCUGGGGAGUCGUAAAAUCGGGGCGGUUUUUGAUGUCGGGAGCGGGGCACGCAGUGGAGCACGUUGGGGUGCCGAAGAUGGAGGCGGACCGGUCUGGUUGUUGCAAUCCGGUUAAGAAACCGGGUCCGGUUUCCAUGGAUCACGUGCUUCUUGCCCUUCGAGAGACCAAGGAGGAGAGAGAUGUCAGGAUUCGGAGUUUGUUCAAUUUCUUUGAUGUGGCCAACGUCGGGUACCUGGAUUACACGCAGAUCGAGGCUGGGUUGUCGGCACUGCAGAUUCCGGCGGAGUACAAGUAUGCGAAGGAUUUGUUUAAGGUUUGUGAUGCCAACAGGGAUGGACGUGUUGAUUACCAGGAGUUUCGCCGGUACAUGGACGCUAAGGAGCUCGAGCUGUACCGAAUAUUUCAGGCCAUCGAUGUUGAACACAAUGGGUGCAUUUUGCCUGAGGAGCUUUGGGAUGCGCUAGUUAAGGCUGGGAUUGAAAUUGACGAUGAGGAGCUUGCCCGUUUUGUGGAGCAUGUUGAUAAGGAUAAUAAUGGAAUAAUAACUUUUGAAGAAUGGAGGGAUUUUCUUCUGCUCUAUCCACAUGAAGCUACCAUUGAAAAUAUCUAUCAUCACUGGGAAAGGGUAUGCCAUGUGGACAUUGGCGAGCAUGCUGUUAUUCCUGGAGGCAUCAGCAAGCAUGUUCACAGAAUUAGGUAUUUUAUUGCAGGUGGAAUAGCAGGAGCAGCUUCUCGUACUGUGACUGCUCCUCUUGAUCGCCUAAAAGUGGUUUUGCAAGUUCAGACAGAACGUGCUUGUAUUGGUCCAGCUAUAAAGAAGAUAUUGAAGGAAGGUGGUUUAUUGGGUUUCUUUCGGGGUAACGGGUUAAAUGUUGUGAAGGUUGCCCCUGAAAGUGCCAUCAAGUUUUAUGCCUAUGAAAUGUUAAAGAAUGUCAUUGCAGAGAGCAGGGGAGGUGAUAAGGGUGAUAUAGGAGGAACAGGGAGACUUUUCGCUGGGGGUAUUGCUGGUGCGAUAGCACAAACUGCUAUUUAUCCCUUGGAUCUUGUGAAAACUCGCUUACAGGUUUGUUCUAGUGAAGGUGGAAAAGCUCCCAAGUUGGGAACAUUAACAAGGGAUAUAUUGGUUCAUGAGGGUCCUCGAGCCUUCUAUAAAGGUCUUCUACCUUCGGUUCUUGGAAUCAUCCCAUAUGCUGGUAUUGAUCUUGCUGCCUAUGAGACCUUAAAAGACAUGUCAAAGACAUAUAUUCUACAAGAUAGUGAGCCUGGCCCUCUUGUACAACUGGGUUGUGGGACCAUUUCUGGAGCUCUUGGAGCAACUUGUGUUUAUCCAUUGCAGGUUAUUAGGACCAGAAUGCAAGCUCAACGUUCUGAUGCUGCUGCUGCUUAUCAGGGAAUGUCUGAUGUAUUCAGAAGAACACUUGAGAAUGAAGGUUAUAGAGGUUUUUACAAAGGACUUUUCCCAAAUCUUCUUAAGGUAGUGCCAGCUGCAAGCAUUACGUACAUGGUUUAUGAAAGUAUGAAAAAGCGUUUAGAUCUUGAUUAGAGAAUGCUAGAGCCAAACCUGAUGGCAUCUGUGCUGAUUUUGGAGAUGCCAACAAUUUUUGUUGUUGAUGAUGAAAAUAAAACUAAUUAGGUGAUAUGAUUGUUUUGAAUCAUAGAUGCCAGUCCCUUCUGAGUAUUGUGCCGUUAAUUUUACCAUGUUUAUUUAAACUAGAUGACUAGAGGAAUAGGCUUGUACCAAUUCCCGCGACCCUAAAACCCUGUUACUUUUUUGGGUUUGUAUUGAUUUUUCCAACACUGAAUGAAUACAAACUUGCAAAAGAUCUUAUUCCACGGCAGAGAAUAAUGUGUUGUUGUUUAAAGAUUUUGAGAGAAGAAUUUGUAGCUUUGUACUUCA